AAAGCCACUGGUGCGUGGUUUUUGGCGGUAAAUACAGUUCGCGACUGCCCGUUCUCGUACUUGAAGAAGUUGAAUGAACGCCGUCUUUGAGCGCUUAUUAUGCGAAGCUUACAACGAGAGUUAUUGCGAGCGAAGCGGUCAUCUCUGUGAGUGCCGCGGCAUGCGGCUCCCGUCUGACACUUCUGUGAAGCGGGCGCUCCAUAGAGUUAAAUGUUAUCACUCCGUGGCGGGCGCCGUGAGCAGCUGGAGUAUCAACUGUGUGUUUGCCUAGUUUCUUCGUAAGUGCUGUGCGCUCGUUCUUGAAAUGAACUACAACUCUUGGAACAACCGGGGGCGCGGGCGGUUCCGACGGCGGGCCGCUGGACCGAGGUUCGCUCGGCAACGGCGACGUAUCGUCGAUCCGGAAGACUCGGACGGCAGUCAAGUCGACGAUCGAGCCGCGUCGUCUUCUCCUCGAUUUGGCAACGACUCACACCGUCGUCGCAUAUCUGCGCAGCAGUCGCCGUACCCGGGCUGGCAUUUCUACUUUCCAAACGAAGACUACCCUCCCGACGAGAGCGUCUCGCAGAGGCUUAAGCUUCUGGAGGCCUGUUUCGCCGAGAGGGUCUCCAAAUUCGUGGCACCCACUGGUGUUGUCGACCGUUCCCGGAGCUCGUACGAAGUCCGCGUCGACGAAAUUGCCGACGAUGCUGGAGUCAAGGAGGAUUGGCCCGAUCUGAAGGAGUCCCUGAAGUGCCGCCCUCACGACGUUCUGAAACUUCUGGGUCUCGCAUUGCACCAGACAUUGUCUAAACAUGACCAAAGUCAAAUGGAUAUCGACGCGGUCGACCCCUUGCCUGAGUUGACGGUUCGCAUUGCUGGGUUCGGGCCGUUGACGCCGCUACGUGAUGUCCGCAGCAUGACCUGCGGCCGCAUGGUGGCCGUUCGUGGCACAGUAGUUCGCGCAAGUGAAGUGAAGCCGCAGUACCGCGCGAUUGGUUUCACUUGCUCUGGUUGCGGGACUGAGCAAUCUGUUGCGCAACCUGGUGGCUACUUCACGGUGCCCACCUGCUGCCCGGAGAGGGGUUGCCGGUCCAGGACCUUUCAGGAGCAGGCGACAUCGCCCUUGACCCAGCUCGUCGAUUGGCAGUCGCUGAGACUGCAGGAGUCAGAUGAGGGCACAGAAGGCGGUCGAAUACCACGCAUCAUCGACUGCGAACUGACCGACGACCUGGUCGGGUCAGCUGUCCCCGGUGACAUGGUUACAGUGGCGGGCAUCGUGGAGCUUGCACGCUGCGAUGGUCCUUCAAGUUCGACCGGUCCCCUUGACUGUUAUCUGGUGGCAAAUCACGUUCUAGGUGAGCAGCGCGAGCCGGUCAUCACUACCACUCCGUCGGGACCCGACCUCGGUCGUCAGGACUACUACGCCAUCGAGGCAAUCCACGACAAGCCGGAUUUGUUUCGCCUCCUGGUGAACUCGCUGUGCCCUGCCAUUUACGGCCAUGAGAUCGUGAAGGCCGGCUUGUUGCUGGCUCUCUUUGGAGGAGUGAGGCGGUACUCGGACGAUCCUGACCACGUGCCCGUGCGCGGUGACCCGCACGUUUUGGUCGUGGGUGAUCCCGGGCUGGGAAAGAGCCAGCUUCUGCACGCCUGUGCCCGAGUGGCACCCAGGGGGGUCUUCGUGUGUGGCAACACCGCCUCCAUAGCGGGCCUCACCGUCUCCGUCGGUCGUGGCUCAGCCGGCGAAGCCUCACUCGAGGCGGGGGCCCUGGUUCUUGCCGACAGGGGUUGCUGCUGCAUCGACGAGCUGGACAAAAUGUCGACGGCGCAAGGUGCCCUGCUGGAGGCCAUGGAGCAGCAGUGCGUGAGCAUAGCCAAGGCCGAGCUGACGGUGUCGCUGCCCGCCAGGGCUGGUGUGCUGGCGGCCGCCAAUCCCGUCGGAGGCCACUACAACCGGGCCAAGACGGUGGCCGAGAACCUGCGCAUGGGCAGUGCACUGCUGUCGCGCUUUGAUCUAGUCUUCAUAUUGUUAGACCAGCCGAAUGCCGAUCUUGACCGGCGUCUGUCCGAACACGUUAUGGCAAUGCACCUGAAGAAGUCCAGUUCACUUUCAUCGUGCCAGCUGCUGUUGGAGGGAGCAAGCGACACUCGGGCGUCAACAACCUCUCAGACGCCGCAGCCAUCAAACUCGCUCGCGCAACGUCUUCGUGGGCCCGUGCCAGACCCUAUUCCAGCUCCACUGCUGCGGAAGUACAUCACGUAUGCACGCCAAUAUGUGCAGCCAACCUUGAGCAGUGAAUGCGCAGCGCACUUGCAAAAGUUCUACCUCCACCUGCGCGGUAUUCGGCAAGCCGACUCCGUACCUAUAACGACCCGUCAACUUGAAUCCUUGAUACGGCUGACCCAGGCCAGGGCUCGCCUCGAACUUCGUGAAGAGUGCACAGCUCAAGAUGCCCUCGACGUCAUCGAGCUCAUGAAGCACAGUAUUGCGGACACUCAGAGUGAUGGGAUGGGAUCCGUGGACUUCAGGCGCUCGCAGCACGGUUCCGGCAUGAGCAAGCCUGCUCAGGCACGAGCGCUGGUGAGUGCGCUCACCAAGGAGUCACAGCGAACGGGCAACCGAAUCUUCACCACGAGCGAGUUGAGGACUGUGGCCGAGCAGCGGUGCGGCAUACUGUCGUCAUCGGUGCGUGUCAUUGUUGAUGCUUUGAAUGACCAAGGCUUUCUUCUCAAGAAAGGCUCUGGGCGAUAUCAGUUGCAGACAACCGAUUUCUAGUGGGGAUUAUUCAUUAUAAAGGUAUGUAGCCCCCUUUCUAGAAAUAUUUUUAAAUUUUGAUCAUAAGUUGAUUGCUUUGUGUCUACCUUCAGAAGGGCACUUUAAAAGACCCUUCAAAUGUGUUAUGUAAAAAAAUGAAAACUAAUUAAGAAUUAAUCACCAAUAUAACCCAAACUAAGCCCAUCACGCCAGCAGUCAUAACUACUGAUCCAACCACACGAAAGGAAAAUAGCUUGGCAGCACUGUAGUUGUGUAUGUAGGCUGUGCAAUGAGCCAGGAUUAUUGCGCUACCAUCAUUAUUACGUAUCUCACAACCCUAAAACUAAAAAAAUUCUGGCUUUUCAGGUGGUUGCAUUUCAAUUGAAAUCCCAUAACAUCAAGACAUAUUCCCGAUUUUCAGUUAUGCUAGGUGAUUGCAUAGCUUAAUGUCUCAAAAAGGAGCAUGGUUUCAUUGUGAAAUAUUGGUUUGCUCAAAAGUUACGAGGAAGUGGACGCAGGAUUACAGUGUCACAUGAAAAUAUUUGCUAGGUCAUCACUAGGCCCGAAAUUGUGUUAAUAUGCAGGCCACGUUUUGUUUGCUAAAGGCAGAAAAAGCUGUUGCACAAAUUUAUACAGGUGUAAACUUCUCAGUGUUCGUAUGUGUAUUACUAAUGCGCUAGCACACCAGUCUUUAGUGCACCGGUGCAGGGCAGACUGAUUGCUAGGGCGUUAUUAU